AUGAUCCAAAAGCGGCUGCUCGACGACAGUACAUUAAUCAACGCCAUCAUUGGUAAAAAAUUGGCUGAGACUGGUCCAGGUCCAGUUCCUAUAACACAAGAAUCAACAUGUUAUGAACUCAAAGGUACUUUUCCGGAAAUCACUGAUCGACAAACAAAUGAGAGAUACGCCGAUGCUCAACAAUUUCGAAUUAAUAUUUGGGAUACAAAAGGAAUAAAAACAUGGGAUUCAUCCAUCAUUGAUAUUGUUAGACAAAAAAAGCCAAUGUGUGUUAUAUUAUGUGCAUCUCCAGGUUCGUUUGCUAAUGAUAAAUUUAUUCGUGGAUUAAUUAGUGAAUGUGUUAAUUUCAAUAUCUUUAUUGCACUUGUUUGUACAAAUUCAUGGAAUGGUUCUGAUGACAAACGAAAAGCAGUCAUGCAAGACUUUCAUGAUUUACUAAAGAGCUACAAUCAAAAUAUUUAUGAAGAAAACAGUAUUCACUAUUAUGGCAAUAUUGGACUAACAGCAAUGGUAAAUAGUGUUGAGUAUAUUAACCGACGACUUGACAUAGAAAAACCAAAAAGUGGUAUUGGUACUUUACUUUUCGGCAUUAUGAAAUCAUUAAAUAGUGAUAAAUUAUUGGGAUGGAGCUAUACACUUAUGGAAAAUGAUGGGUUUUGGUCACAGAUGCAAGCACAAAUUCAAGAUUUCUUUGCAGGAGAAUUUAUCUAUGGUAAAUCAAUAUUAUGGUCAUUAUCAAGAGGUAAGACGUGGUGUCAAAACUAA